AUGGCAAAACACUUUGAUUUGUUCAUCAACAAAGGGAAGACAAAAUAUAUGGCUCUCAAUGUCCCCAAAGCGACAACCAGAGUAGACAUAGAAGUGCUAAAAGAAAGGAGAUUUAUUCUGGAACUCCGCAAGUGGCAGGCAGUGGUGACUGAGAGUAGAAAAAUUUUGCCUCUGUUUAGCAUUCCACUAAUUAUUUUAAUAAUUUUGGUCAUUGGAGGGUUUGUUGGAAAUGGAUUUAUUGCAGUCAUUAAUUGCCUUGACUGGAUCAAAAGUAGAAAAAUCUCUUCCUCUGAUAUGAUCCUGAUCCCUCUGAACACAUCAAGAUUUGUGUUGCAGGGGACGUUAACAGCGCAUAUCCACAGUCUCUACUUUCCAAAUAUACUCAAACUGGCUCCUCUGUAUACAGCAUCUGUUAUCCUACGGAUGUUUGUAAACCAUGCCAGUCUCUGGUUUGCCACCUGCCUCAGCAUCUUGUACUGCAUGAAGAUCAUCAGUUUCACCCAACUGCUCUUACUGUGAAUGAAGCAGAGAAUCUAUGGGAUGGUUCCAUGGCUGCUCCUGGGGUCGGUGCUGGUUUCUUCUGUCACCUCUAUCCCAUUGUUGUGGACUCUGUGUGCAAUUCAGCACUGUAACUCAACAGCGGAUCAUCUAGAGAACAACUCUGUGACCAUUGUAGGGAGUUUCUUUCCUCUUACAAUAUCUUUGGUGUCUUCAAUUCUUUUAAUUACUUCUCUAUGGAGUCACACCAAGAAGAUGCAACAAAAUAUAACCAGCUUCAGGGAUCCCAAGACAGGAGCUUAUAUAAAUGCCAUAAAAGCAUUAAUCUCUUUCCUUAUCCUCUAUGUUUCCAGUUUUGCUGCUCAAACUCUAUUAUUACUGCUUAACAAGGUAGAUAACUACAUCUGGACUUUUGAAAUCUGUGCAAUAAUGGUUGCUGCAUAUGCUUCGGUACACUCCAUUAUCUUGAUUUUAAUUAAUUCCAAACUAAAAGUGAGGAUUCUCCAAUGUACAUAG